AUGACUCGAGCUACAAUCCGUUAUCAAGGAAGGGGAGAACUCCUUGUGUCUCUUUGCUACCAACCUGCAGCAAACAGACUUACUGUUGUGGUUUUGAAAGCUCGAAACCUCCCCAAAAUGGACUUCGCUGGACUUUGUGAUCCAUAUGUAAAGAUCUACUUACUUUAUAACAACCAGCGAAUCGCCAAAAAGAAAACCCACGUGAAAAAGCGUACCACAAACCCGGUCUUCAAUGAAUCUUUCGUGUUUGAGGUUCCUUACAACGAGGGCCUCGAAAACAUCAGCCUCGAAUUUUUGGUUCUGGACUGGGAUCGAGUCACCAAGAAUGAAGUAAUAGGAAGGCUGGAGUUAGGCCCCCGAUGCGGAGGCCCUGCUCAGCAGCAUUGGAAUGAAGUAUGCAAUGCGCCUCGUCGCCAGAUAGCUGAAUGGCAUAAGCUGAAGGAAUGA